AUGACCGAAAAGUUAAAUUUAUUUUUAAAUAUAAUUAAACACUCUGCCCUGUAUAUUGAAGAAAAAUUGGAAUAUGUUUUAUAUAUAUCAGCUAUAAUUUUACUCUAUAUUGUUAAUUAUAUAAGAUCUUUAUUAGUUAAAAAAUCAUUAAAAGAAAAAAUAUGCGAUUUUUUUUAUCAUAAUAGAGCCCCAAUAUUUCAGUAUAUAGUAUUUAUAAUACUAGAGUUUUCUUCUUGUCCGUUAUCAUAUGUAAUUCAGUUUUACAUUUUUGCUUUUACAUUGCAUAAGUCACAAUUUGAAAAUUUUUUAAAUAUUGUUCCUUAUAUAUUUGAUAAAUUAUACACACUAUUAUUUUUUAAAUAA